UACUGAGUAACUAUGAGGCUUCUGAUUGCGUCAGUUGUGUUGCUAGCAAUUGGUCCACGGCUUUCGCACGAAUGCCCGGAUGGAUGCGUCUGUACAACGGAGUUUGUGGGUGAUCUGCUUGAUCCGUAUGUAGAUUGCGGCGUCAGAGACUUCACGUCUGUUCCAGAGGAUAUUCCGGAUAAUACGACACAUCUUAAUUUGCGAGGAAAUUCCAUCAAGCAUAUACCACAUGGAGCAUUUGGAGGAUUACACGAACUCCUAUUUCUGGAUCUGGUUGGAAACGGGAUUCGUAGUAUUGCUGACGGCGCAUUUGUCAAUCUCACAAAACUGGAGAUUUUAAGACUGUACUACAACGACUUCGACAAACUAGAGAGAACAACUUUAUCAGGAAUGCCGUCGCUCAAACGAUUGUUGGCAUAUGAUGCCGGCAUCUCUGGUUUGGGUGCGAGUGCGUUUAGAGAUCUUCCUUCUAUAGAAGAAAUAGAUUUGAGUUAUAACAAGAUAGCAAGAGUUCCUAGUCAUUCCUUCAUCAAUCUGCCGGCUUUAGAGAAAGUAUCACUGAGGCACAAUCGAAUAUCCACCAUUGAAUUGGCGGCUUUCAUGGGUCUCCACAAUUUCACCUACCUUCAUCUAUCCAACAACAGAUUGAAAUACAUUCGAGAUGGAGCAAUCAUUGACGUGCCACGUCUGAGGACUCUCUUUUUGUUUUCUAAUCCGCUGGUGUGUGAUUGUGAAGCGACUUGGCUGUAUGAUUUCUUUAAGAAUCGUUCAGUCCAUAGUUCGUAUUGUGAGAGUCCAAUUCAGUUGAGGGCAAUGAGACUCAGUGACUUGUUGAGAAUCGAAUUUUGUGGUGGUCCUCGAUUCUCCAUCCAACCAAUGCCCACAACAUACAUCCAAAUCGGCCAGAGUGCCACUCUCAGUUGCGAAGCACUAGGCACUCCUCACCCUCAAAUAUUCUGGUCAUUCGAGAAGAAACCAAUCGUCAACAGCCAUCGAUACGAAGUCAACUCGAAAGGCGAACUUCUCAUUCUGUAUGCAAACCGUGAAGACAGCGGCACGUAUCACUGCACAGCGACCAGUGAAGCAGGCGCUAUAGUUGCCUCAGCUGAGGUGAUUGUGGGAAAUCCCCCUCGAUUAAAUGAGACUCGUGCAGGCCAUGAGGGAACACUUGGGGAGGUGGGAGCCAAAGUUGGUGGAACUGCUGUCCUUCGGUGUCCACUUGAUGCCCAUCCGAGUCCAGGAUACGUUUGGAGGUUUAAUGGUGUGGGUUUUGACUUGAGGAAUGAGAGAUGGUUGGUGAGUGAGGAUGGUACGUUGGUUGUGAGGGAUGUGAGGGAGUAUGAGUUUGGUCGAUAUCAGUGUGUGGCGAGGAAUUCGAUCGGAACGGCGAUUUAUGAGAUUGACUUGAUGAAGUUUCGGAAACCAACACUUCAAACGGGUCUGCACACGUGGAUGGCACCCGCCAGAUCAAACGUCACUCUCUACUGCGACAUUCGCGGUUACCCACCCCCUCCAAUCAGCUGGUUCAAAGACGACACUCUCAUCGCUCAUGACGGCAUCAUCGUGUACCACACACCAACAAAAUCGCCUCUCGAUGACAUUACCACUCCACAUUUUGUGGUAACUGAUCGUGGGAAUGACACUUUGAAUGAUACCGAGGAGUUAGAUGGUGAUGUCAGUGGCUCAGGGUUUCCUGGUUUGGAGCCUGUGGAGGGUAAUAACCACACACUAACCGAAUCGCCUCUCAAUUACAUCACCGCUCCACCUUCUGUGGUAACUGAUCGUGUUUUAGAGCCUGUGGAGGGUUAUGGGGUGAGAGAGAGGGUGACAUUUCGACGAGAGGUGUUGGUGAUCGUUGGGGCUUUGGAGGAUGACAGUGGGUUGUAUGAAUGUCGUGGUAGAAAUUUGAUGGGAUCGGUUAACUCGUCUGCGUAUGUGUUGAUUGGCGAUGCUGGAAACCCACGUGUUCAAGCUUAUCCCAAAAGCCAGACAAUUCAAGAUGGUCAGACUGCAUUCCUCUACUGCAAUGUCACCGGCAUCCCAGACCCCACAGUUCAGUGGACAUUUGAAGACAACAGAAUCUAUGAAGACGACAAUCAUCGAUUUCUAUCAUCAGACAACACGUUGGUCAUUACAGAUGUUGAACCGUCAGACGAUGGUUUGUAUGUGUGUCGUGCUGAGAACAUUGCAGGGUCGCACAGCAAUGAAAUCCGGUUGGUUGUUCAAAGUCCUCCCAGGUUUCUUCGAGUAUCAAACUACACGUCACUGAUGCGUCGUGAAAGCGUCCAUGUGCACUGCAUUGUUGACAAGAAGGUGAAGCCACCCACACAGUUGUCGUGGUAUUUCAAGGGAGAGCGUCUACCGAGUGAGCUGUUCGUGAGGCACGAAGUCACUGGUGAUGAUCACUUGUUGAUUGUGGAAGCUGAUGAAUCGGAUGCUGGUGUGUAUGCGUGCUUGGCGGAGAACAGUGUUGGGAGGAUAUCUCAUACAUUUGUGGUGGAUGUGAACGUUCCGGUUGCAAUUGUGAAAGAACCAAUAGACAAGGAUGUCAUUCUUGGCUCACUGGCUGUCUUCACCUGUACAGCCAUUGGAACACCUUCUCCCACCAUUCAAUGGACAAUCAACGACUCACCGAUCUCUGAUGUUCCUGCAAGAUACGACACACAUGGAGGUGUUGGAGUGCUGACCGUUUUCGAUGUGAAGGAAUCAGAUGAAGGCAUCGUCACUUGUGUGGCAUUGAUUGGUAAUGUGUCAGCACAAGCUCAUGCAAGACUGGAAGUGCUAGUUUCUCCUACGAUGUUGCAACCGCUCGAAGAUGUGUCGUUUAUGAAAGGACAUAGGGCAAGACUUGAGUGUAUUGUGACAGGAGAUCCUCAACCGGAAGUGACGUGGUUGAGAGAUGGAAAAGCAAUUGCUUUUGAUCCUCGAUACAAGAUUUCCAUCGGCCCCUCCUCUGUCCUCACUAUCGAAGAUCUCAAAGGGUCAGACACUGCACAAUACACGUGCGUUGCCACCAGCAACGUCGGCUCCACAACAUCAUCAGCACUACUUCAAGUGCAAGAUCCACCUGCUGUAGUGGGUGAACAAGUUAUAACCGAUGUGCUGCGUGUUGGUGAUGUAGCUCGUUUACCUUGUAAUGCGUCGGGUGAGCCGAAGCCGACAAUCCGAUGGAUAACUGGGACGGCUCCACUGCCCGAGGAUCCGCGGUACACUGUGGCUGAGGAUGGGUCUUUGAUUAUAUUUGAUGUGCAGGCUGUGGAUAAGGGAGAUUAUGUGUGUCUUGCUAUAAAUGAUGCGGGCUCUGUGGUUGUGAGAACGGCGUCGCUUGAUGUCGAAACUGAUGCUUUGUCUCCUUACAUCACCGUCUGUCCUCGUUCUCAGACGGUUGACAUUUACCAAGAAGAGCAACUUUUAAAUGCUCUGCCAAUGGUAGCCCUCAGCCGACUAUCCGAUGGCAACUUGAUGGUCAAGGUAUUGAGAGUGGAAGAGAUGGAUUUAAUGUGUCAGGGGAUGGCACUCUGACGAUAACCAAUGUGACAUCUAGACACACUGGGGAGAUCAUGUGUGUGGCGGAGAAUUCAGAGGGAAGUGACUCUUAUGUGGCUCAUCUGCUAGUUGUUGUUCCUCCGACGUUUACCAAAGAACCAAACGACACUCGGCAAGUGGUCGGUGGUGACGUUGCGUUUGAAUGUGAAGCAGUUGGCACGCCCACGCCUACCAUGGUGUGGACGACGUCGGGGUUUAGAGAACUGCCUUACA